AUGUUUGAUGAAACUACAGAUUUGUCACAUGUAUCACAAAUGAGUUUGGUUUUUCGUUAUGUUUUUAAUGAUAAAAUCAAAGAAAAUUUUAUUGAGUUUAUUGACUGUCAUCGUGAAGCGUAUGGCAAAAUAGAUGAUAGUGAAGAUGUUGAACCAAAAUUAUCUGGUGAACAUUUAGGCCAAAUUGUAAUAGAUUUGUUAAACAAAUUUUCAUUAAAUCUACAUGAUUGUAUUGGAAUCACAACAGACGGAUGUUCUGUUAUGAUAUCGAAAGCUCGUGGUGCUGUCCAGCACAUUCAAAAGUUUGCAAAAAAUGCAAUCUAUAGCCCAUGUGCAAAUCAUUCUUUAAAUUUAUGUAUAUCUAAAUCGUCAACAGUACAAUUUGUAAGAAAUUCUGUUGGUGUUAUCAAAGAAGUAGUGGCUUUUUUUAAUUCUUCUUCAAAAAGGAAUUUUGUUCUAAAAAGUACUCUGAAAAAUCAUUCUUUAAAAAAUGUAUGUGAAACGCGCUGGAUUGAUAGACAUGACAGCAUUUUAUUGUUUUCUAUCUCAUUUACAGACAUACUUAUUGCAUUAAAUAAAAUAUCUGAAUGGUCAGAAUCUGAAUCUGCAACCAAAGCCAAAAUGUUGAUAAGUGCUUUAGAGAAUUUCUAUUUAAAAGAUUUUACUCCAACCAAAAUAGAAUCAUUAACUGAAAACAUAUUAGUAGAAUUUGGAUUCUUGAACAUACAAAAGGAAGUUCUUAGAGCUGAGAUAGAGUUAUGGAAGUCCAAAUGGGUUUUUGAAGUUGGUAUUAGCUGUAAUCAAUUACGUGGUCAACAACAAAACACGUCGAUGAGGCGAACUGGCAUUAUCGCGGUCGACCGGAGCUGUCUGUCCCAAUCCCAACAUACGAAAUUGCUGUCUACGCCCAAAGGAUGGAAGCCGCACGGUUUGAGUUUCAUUAUGAAAAAAUGUCGGAAAACAGAUAGACAUGCUAUAAACGGCCGUCAUUGUGAGACAGGAAAACACGCAUUCUUUAACGUAAAUACGUCCAUGUGGCCUCAUUUUGUAAAACAAUUUCUAAUAAGUGCAGAAUACAGUUUAGCUCCAGCCACAAGAAUGAUAUUAUCAAAAAUAUUACUCACAAGAGUGAACUUUUCCAACCCGAAAUGGUCCAACUACAGAAACACUCAAACAGAUUUAUGUCGUUUUCUAAGCGAUUUGAAUCCAAACUGUGAUUCAAUUAAUUGGAAGGGAGAUUUUUUCAGAACAUUAUCGUCGUUGAUAUUUAAUUAUAUGGUCCAAGUACUUUGUAGUGGUCGGAUAUCAAAGAAACAAAAAAUAGCUCAUGUGAUUCUAAAGAAGAUUAAUGAUGUAACCAAAGAAUAUGUGCUACUAAACUCGCCAGACAAUUUUUUACAAGGGGUUCAAAUAUUUGUAGCCAAUAUGCUAUCUCCGUGGCUAGAAAAACCCAUAAACUAUAUUUGCAUUAAAGGUACUAGUAAUAAAGAUCCAUUAAUUAAAAACCUAACUAACGAAAUUGAGAAUCAUAAAGUUGGUAUUAAAACAAAACAUUUAAAAACUAAUGAAUUAGCUCAAAAUAAAACAACUAGACUUAAAUCAAAAACUGCAAAAAAAGUUAAUACUAACGAAAAAUCAAAAAUAAAGAAACUUAUAAAAAACAGCUUGCUUUCGCAAAACUAUAGUAAAUUUACAAAAACAAUAAAAACGAAUGGAAAAUCAAAAAAAAGUUUUGAAUUUACACCCGUAAUUGCUGCGGAGGACGAAUUAGAGAAAAUAAUUGAAAACCAUGAAAUAUUAUCGAAUUCUGAUCUCGUAAGUCAUCCAGGCAGUAAGAAUAUAACCAAGAUGGAAAUAAAAAAUAAGAAGUAUGACAACAUUAAGAGUGAAAAUAACCAGAAGCCCAAAAAAAUUAAAACUACAAAAACUAUUUUUAAAAGUAGCUUGUCCUUGCAAAACUCUGAAAAAGCAAUACAAAAUAGAAAAACGAAUGGAAAAUCGAAAAUAGGUUUCAAAUCGAUGACAGUAAUUGCUGCAGAUAAAAUUAUUAACAACAAUGAAAUGUUAUCAAAUUCUGUCCUCUCAAACAUUUUUUAUGAUGACAGUCUUAGAAACAUUAAUACUCUUGGUGAGUACACAAGUGUGGAAAAUGGUAAUAAUGGAUCGACAGGAAAUGAAAAAAUAUCAAAAUCAACGGAACAACUACAAAAUGACAAUUCAUUUGAAGCAGGUAUCAAUACGAGUAAUAACAAGAAAAACCAAUUAAUCAUUGACGAUGACCGAACAAUUUUAACAGUGAACAAUCGUUCCAAAUCACAUUUUGACCGUGAUAAUAAACUAUUAUUAUUAAAACACAAUAAUAAACCGACAACUACUAUAUCAAACAGAAUAACGGAUAACCAUUAUUAUAAUGCAAACGAAGAUGAGAGAAUACUGAAUGCGACAGACUAUAGUAGUCAUUCAGUGAUUAUAGUCAAAGAUUUAUCAGGAGAAAUAUAUGAUAUCAACUUAUUAAUAGGAGAUGAAUUAUUAAAAUAUAAUGACAAAACUUCAGUCGAGGUUAACAAUGAUGGUUACAGUGAUGUCUAUACAGACUAUGAUAAUGGCUGCGACGAUGAUGACGAAUAUCAUAAAAUAAUUAUGAACGAGGAUGGAGAAGAAUUCGAAACUCGCAUUUUGGACAAUCUUACAAACGUAUUUUUGGAUACUUCAUCAACAGGUUUGAAUAAUAAACACGAGAAUGGUGUCACAAUUACGGAAUCAAGAGGAUACGAAUCUAAACGAAAUUGUUUUCAGAUAUGUGCAGAUGGUAAUGCGAAGAAAUUACUAAUGGAUACUUUAAGAAAUAAAGCAUUGACAAAACCAGAAGUUUGUGAACAAGCUACCGGAGUCACUUAUAACAUUUGUAAAAAAGAUGGCAGCAAUUACAGUAUUCGCAAGACAAUACUACCACAAUGCAAAAAUAGAAAUCUUCUGUGUACUUUGUGUCCAUUAGAUAAAUCCAAAUUAGUAGUUAACACAUUAAUCAAAUUGAAGUAA